AUGUUCGAAGCUUCGUCAAGGGCCUCGGAUCUCACCUCAAUGACUCCGACGUUCGAUGCUUUCUGUCUGCAAAUAACUGCUCCCACGCUAGAAAGCGUGCGUUCCCUGUGUCGUCAUUUACUCAUAAACAGCGACCCCACAGAGUGCAACCAGUCUCUUUCCACUUAUCUCAAGACAGCCGUGGACCAUUUGCUGAAAGAGCUGGAAGUGUACCAUGUUUGUUCAGUUUUUGCACUAGAUUUGCUUCGGCUGAACUUGUUUACAAAGAACUUUGGCUUGUGCAUGGGCAAAAUCCUCAGCUUGCUCAAAGUCCUAAGUGACGCUGCCUCCGACGAAGAAGUCGAAAACUUCAAAAGCUUUUUACUGGUAAUCACGCUUCUUACGUUCAAACUUCAUGAUGAUCCCGUGAUGGGUGCAGCGUUCUCUGAACACAUAUCGGAUGAGCAAUUUGUGUCGACGUUGCGCUCGCUAGGCAUUAUCUCAGUUGUGGGAAACGUUCUAAACAAACACAUCACAUCCUCAAAAUCUUCUCAUGCUGCGUAUGUCUUGCUCAAAUUCAAUUGUGAUAUCAUUUUUCAGUAUUUGUACAAGGUGGUGCUUCUCUCAGAUGAAGAGUUUGAUUCGUUGACGAGAAGCCCGUUGAUUCCAACCCUCAUAGAUGAUCUCACCUCAAAUGACAACUUCAAUGAGUAUGAUGUCACAUACAACGAUUUUGAGGACGAAGAGAAGCUCGUUGCAUACGAGGAGUUCAAAUUGCUUCUUCUCAUCAAUGAACAAUACCUAAUGAAAACCAUAUCAUGUACAUCUAGAACGAAUAGAGUCUUUGAAGGAUUGCUGGUCAAUCGCAAGGGCGUCAAUGUACUAUGUGGGUUCACAAAUUUGCUAGUCUAUCAUCUCAAUCGUGAAGAGUCAAGCAUCAUCAAAAUUUUAAUGUUGAAGUUUCUUUACACAGUCUUUACAACGUCAUAUUCCGCUAAAUUCCCUUAUCUCAAUGACGUCAAGAUUCUACUUGAUAUCAUCCUCAGAGAGCUUAAUGACCUUGAUUACUCUCCAGAGCAACCCAAAGAAAAUUGCAUUCUAGCCCUCACCUACUUGAAGGUACUCAACCCGCUCCUCGUCUUCUCUCAAUUAUCCGAGCUUGACCCACCAUACAAGCCAUACGAAAUUUUGGAGACGUUACGAAAUGUUGUGAUCAACUGCGAUACUAACUCGUAUGAAAGGGAGUAUGAGGAUGUGUCUACUAAAUCCAACUUCGCAGCCAUCGUUAAAUCAGCCACAAAAUGCCUCAAUAUUCCAUGGGUUAAAAAGAGUUCCAAUGGGUUUAAGGUCAACUCUCUGUUGAAUUCGAGCAAGAAUGCUAGCUCUGAAAGUCUUGUAUCUAUCCUGUCAGUCAGCUCCAGAGUCGCCAAUGUCAAGCUUGGUACACUGGACAAUACUUCUUCAACAGACUCUUUAUCAUUCACUCGUGUGGCAUCCGUUAGAGCGUCCAACAAGGAUGACUACAAUCUUCAUACAAAAUCGCAUAAUUUGGAACUUCAAGGACUGAGAAGCAAAGACUCUAUGUUUUCAAUUAAUAAUGGCAAUGUCUUUCUACAAGAUUCCAGCAAAGACAACUCAGAGGAUCCGUUCGCCACAUUUGCAGCUGCUCGCACUGAACAGCUUCUAGAUUUGCCUAAAGAGUAUUUGGGCGGAAACAAUAAUUCUCAGCCUAAUAGAAAGCCAGAUACACUCAACGCCAGACAACAGAAGGCAAAAGUUAAAAGAGCCCCACCCCCGCCUCCUCCACCACCAAGAAGAAGGAGAUAG